GAUGAAAAUUUAAAAAAAAAAAAACAAUCUUUUUGCCUCCUCAGUCUCCGCCGAUAAACCCUAGGGGGAGAAAGAGGAAGACGAAGAAAGAACCAAGCUCCUCCAAUGGCCUCCUCCUCUCUCCUCCCCCCUCUCUCCCCCGCCCAGCCCCUCAAUAACCCUACCCUCCUCUUCUCCCGCUCUCCCUCCCGCUUCCCCUCGCUCCCCAAAACCCCGAACCCUAGGCUCCCCUCCUCGUCUCUCCUCGUUAGGGCGAAAUCCAAGCUCAACGGGGCCCAAAACCCUAAGGAAUCCAGCAAAACUGCUCGAACUGUCGAAGAGGAGGAAGAGGUGGAGGAGGACUUGCCAUGGAUUCAGGAGAAAGCCCUCGAUCUCGUCGAGUUCACUGGAACGGUCACCCAGGCCAUCCCCGGGCCCAGAGUGGGCCGGAGCCCUCUGCCGUGGGUUCUAGCGGUCCCGCUCGCUUACGUGGGCCUCUCUUUCGUCGUCGCUGUUGUCAAGACUGUCAAGAAGUUGACCUCGCCGAAGGCGAAGAAGAAGAGAUUGGUGAAUAAGAAUGCGUUUCUGUUGAGGGAGAUUGAUGAAUUGUUUCAGAAGGGGAGGGGUGGGGUGAGCAAUUUGGCGCUCAAGGGGCUUAUGCAGAAGACAGGCUUUAGCAUGGAUGAUAUUUUAAGAAAGUACAUCCGGUAUGCACUGAAUGAAAAGCCAUUCAAUCCCGAUCUGGUUGUUGACCUCAUACAUCUGAGGAACGCAUCUAUGUUGGAAGAUCCGCAAGUUGCUGAAGUUUUAAACGAGACUUCAAGACGGAUUGUUAAGGAGAAAGGCCCAGUUGUUAUGGAUAUAUCAGGAUUCACAGAAAAGGGUUUUAAGCGAAAGCUUGCUGUACAAGCCCUAUUUGGGAAGAUUCUCUACUUGUCCGAGCUUCCGGAGUUCUGCUCAAGGGAUAGCUCCCUAAUUAUAAAAGAAAUAUUCGGGGUUACAGAUGAGGACGCAGACACCCUUCGGAUGCACACGCUAUCCGAAAACAGUGAUAUGGAAUCCCUUGAAAAAAUGGUCGAUGAUCAUGAUGAGGAAGAGGCCGAUGAAGGGAAUUCGGAUCAAAUGAAAGUUUAAUACCCUUAAAAGAGACGAAUAGGCGCAAUUCAUGCAAAAACUACCUGCCAAACAUAGAAGAGCUUGCUUUCCCCCUGGUAUUCUUCUCUAGAUUGAAGAGAUUUUGUAGUCCUCUUUGGGUUGUGUAAAUGGUAAUAUUUAUGUUCUAUGCCUUGCAUCCUCAUAUUGAUAUGAAGAAAGUAGAUAAAAUUCCAUUAUGCGAAGAAUUUCUUGGUAGUGUGUUUCAGGUAAUUAGGGAUUCUUUGAUGGUGUGACGUAGGUAAUUUCAGUCACUAUAGAGCACUGUAGCUUGGUAGAUAUUGUUUGUGAGUCAACUAGCUAUUGUUCGAUCUUGUCAAAUAUUCUGAGCAACUCUCCUACAAAUUGCUUUUCAUCAAGUUUAACUGCGCGUUUUGCUGCUCUUA